AUGCAUCGGAAGAAAGUAGAUAACCGAAUCCGGAUCCUCAUAGAGAAUGGGGUAGCUGAGCGGCAAAGGUCUCUCUUUGUUGUGGUUGGAGAUCGAGGAAAAGAUCAGGUGGUCAUACUCCAUCACAUGUUGUCCAAAGCAACCGUGAAGGCUCGGCCCUCGGUGCUGUGGUGUUACAAGAAAGAGCUGGGGUUUAGCAGCCACCGGAAGAAAAGGAUGCGUCAGCUACAGAAAAAAAUAAAGAACGGAACUCUGAACAUAAAGCAGGACGACCCCUUUGAACUCUUUGUCGCCGCCACAAACAUUCGCUACUGCUACUACAAUGAGACGCACAAGAUCCUAGGCAACACCUUCGGCAUGUGUGUCCUCCAGGAUUUCGAAGCUUUAACUCCAAACCUGCUGGCCAGGACUGUAGAGACAGUGGAAGGUGGUGGGCUCGUGGUUAUCCUCCUACGGACCAUGAAUUCCCUCAAGCAGUUGUACACGAUGACCAUGGACGUGCAUUCAAGAUACAGGACUGAGGCUCAUCAGGACGUGGUGGGGAGAUUUAAUGAGAGGUUUAUUCUUUCCCUGGCCUCCUGUAAGAAGUGUCUUGUCAUUGAUGACCAGCUCAACAUCUUGCCCAUCUCCUCCCACGCGGCCAGCAUUGAGGCCCUCCCUCCGCAGGCCCCGGAUGAGAGUCUCGGUCCUUCUGAUCUGGAGCUGAAGGAGCUGAAGGAGAGCUUGCAGGACACGCAGCCCGUGGGCGUGUUGGUGGACUGCUGCAGGACCCUAGACCAGGCCAAAGCCGUCCUGAAGUUCAUCGAGGGCAUCUCUGAAAAGACCCUGAGGAGUACCGUUGCACUCACGGCCGCCCGAGGGAGGGGGAAAUCUGCAGCCCUGGGAUUGGCUAUUGCUGGGGCAGUGGCUUUUGGGUACUCCAAUAUCUUUGUUACCUCCCCAAGCCCUGAUAACCUCCACACCCUGUUUGAGUUUGUAUUUAAAGGAUUCGAUGCACUGCAAUAUCAGGAGCAUCUGGAUUAUGAGAUCAUUCAGUCUUUAAAUCCCGAAUUCAACAAAGCCGUGAUCAGAGUGAACGUGUUCCGAGAACACAGGCAGACAGUGCAGUACAUACACCCCGCAGACGCCGUGAAACUGGGCCAGGCCGAACUUGUUGUGAUUGAUGAAGCUGCCGCCAUCCCCCUCCCGCUGGUGAAAAGCCUCCUGGGCCCCUACCUUGUGUUCAUGGCAUCCACCAUCAACGGCUAUGAGGGCACUGGUCGGUCACUGUCCCUCAAGCUAAUCCAGCAGCUCCGGCAGCAGAGUGCCCAGAGCCAGAUCAGCACCACGGCUGAGAACAAGACCACCACCACGGCCAGGCUGGCCUCAGCGCGAACGCUGCAUGAGGUUUCUCUGCAGGAGUCGAUCCGAUACGCCCCUGGGGACGCGGUGGAGAAGUGGCUGAACGACCUGCUGUGCCUGGACUGCCUCAACAUCACCCGGAUCGUGUCGGGCUGCCCCUUGCCGGAAGCCUGCGAGCUCUACUACGUUAACAGAGACACCCUCUUCUGCUACCACAAGGCCUCCGAGGUUUUCCUGCAGCGGCUGAUGGCCCUCUAUGUGGCUUCUCACUACAAGAACUCCCCCAACGAUCUCCAGAUGCUCUCCGAUGCGCCUGCUCACCAUCUCUUCUGCCUCCUGCCCCCCGUGCCCCCCACCCAGAACGCCCUUCCUGAGGUGCUUGCCGUCAUCCAGGUGUGCCUGGAGGGAGAGAUUUCUCGCCAGUCCAUCCUGAACAGCCUGUCUCGAGGCAAGAAGGCUUCGGGGGACCUGAUUCCGUGGACGGUGUCAGAACAGUUCCAGGAUCCGGACUUCGGCGGCCUUUCCGGUGGAAGGGUGGUCCGCAUUGCCGUUCACCCGGAUUACCAAGGGAUGGGCUACGGCAGCCGCGCUCUGCAGCUGCUGCAGAUGUACUACGAAGGCCGAUUCCCUUGUCUGGAGGAGAAGGUCGUUGAGACGGCGCAAGAAAUCCACACCGUCAGCAGCGAGGCCGUCAGCUUGUUGGAAGAGGUCGUCACCCCCCGGAAGGACCUGCCUCCCUUGCUGCUCAAACUGAAUGAGAGGCCCGCCGAGCGCCUGGAUUACCUGGGUGUGUCCUAUGGCUUGACCCCCAGGCUCCUCAAGUUCUGGAAGCGAGCGGGCUUCGUUCCGGUUUAUCUGAGACAGACCCCGAACGACCUGACGGGGGAACACUCGUGCGUCAUGCUGAAGACGCUGGCCGAGGAGAGCGAGGCUGAGCAGGGGGCCUGGCUGGCAGCCUUUUGGAAAGAUUUCCGCAGGCGCUUCCUAGCUCUGCUGUCCUACCAGUUCAGCACCUUCGCUCCUCCCCUGGCUCUGAACAUCAUUCAGAACAGGAACAUCGGGAAGCCCUCGCCGCCAGCCCUGCGCCGGGAGGAGCUGGAGGCGCUCUUCCUGCCCUACGACCUGAAGAGGCUGGAGAUGUAUUCUCGGAACAUGGUGGACUAUCACCUCAUCAUGGACAUGAUCCCCGCCAUCUCCCGGAUGUAUUUCCUGAACCAGCUGGGGGACCUGGCCCUGUCCGCCGCCCAGUCGGCUCUCCUCCUGGGGGUCGGCCUGCAGCACAAGUCAGUGGACCAGCUGGAGAAGGAGAUCGAGCUGCCCGCCGGCCAGCUGAUGGGGCUUUUCAACCGGAUCAUCCGCAAAGUCGUCAAGCUAUUUAACGAGGUGCAGGAGAAGGCCAUUGAGGAGCAGAUGGUGGCCGUGAAGGACGUGGUCAUGGAGCCCACGAUGAAGACCCUGAGUGAUGACCUGGAUGAAGCAGCAAAGGAAUUCCAGGAGAAACACAAGAAGGAAGUGGGGAAGCUGAAGGACAUGGACCUGUCUCAGUACAUAAUCCGUGGGGAUGAUGAAGAGUGGAAUGAGGUCUUAAACAAGGCUGGGCAGAAUGCUUCGAUCGUCAGCCUGAAAAGUGACAAGAAAAGGAAAUUGGAAGGGAAACAAGAACCCAAGCAGAACAAAAAGUUGAAGAACAGAGAUACGAAGCACAAAAAAGACAUGAAACUGAAGCGGAAGAAAUAG